ACGUGCUAUGGAUAAGUAAAGUAAAGGAAAGGAGAAAAAAAAAGUAAUAUCCAAAUAGUAAUAGCAUCAUCAUAUAUUCAUCAAACCACGAGAUAAUUUUUAUUCCAUUUUAUAUAUAUUUCUGUAAUUUUUCUUUUUUUUUCUCUCUCUCUCUCUUUUUCCCUUAAACUUUUUCAUAUGGCAACUAAUUUGCUACCUUAUGAAGUUGUCCAUUGCUCUUCAUGGGAUGACGACUAUAAUCCAGAACAACUAAUGGAGGCUCCUUAUAACGAGUCUUCUUUUGAUAGCUACAAAGGCUGGCAAACACCCAAAUGUCCUGAAUACCCGCAAGAUUUAAUUAUUCACUUGCUAACAGGGCCAGCGUAUAUUAAUAAAGUUCAAGUAUUAUCCCAUCAUUUUAAAAUUGCAACCAAGAUUGAUGUCUAUGUCGGCAUAUUAAAAGAUCCACAGGAUGUGUUAGAGGAUAUCGUAGUACCUGAUACAUCAGAUGAGGAUGACAACAUGUUGAUUGAAUUUACAAGACUUGGUUAUGUCUGUUUUGAUAAUAAUGCAAGGGCUCAGUUCAGAGCUCGAGAAUUAAAAUCAAUUAAAAUUAAUAUGGAGGGUGAAUAUGUUCGAUUGGUGAUACGUAACUGUCAUCGAAAUAGAUUAAAUACAUAUAACCAAGUUGGUAUACUUGCUAUCAAAGUAUUGGGUCAGCCCAUACACAGUACUUCACAUGCAUCUUCUUCUAUACCCUCUCGAAAUAUACAUCACCCAUUUGAUGAGAACAGCCUAUUAAGUUCAUCUACUCGUCGUACAAGCGUAUCAAGCAAUCAAAGCAUCAUUCAGAAAUACCCUUCUACUACAAACAUUGUCGAAAUUGAACUUCAGCAAUGGGCAACUGUCUUACUUGCUGCCGAGGAAGAGGCUGUACAAAACGAAGCCUAUCAAGAGGCCAAGACUUAUAAAUACCUUGGAGAUAAGAUGCAAAAGUUUACAAAGAUAUUAGCAGACCUUGAAAUCGGAAAGAGACAUGCUGUGGAAACUAAGGAUUAUGAUGAGGCAGAAAAGAUAAAGGAUGACAUAAAGAUAGUAAAACAAACAGCCGAGUCUUUGCUAAAACAAGCAAAUAUUCAAAUAACAAGUGAAGGAAGGUUGGUCCAAUUGGAGUCUACACAAAAUAUACUUCAAGAUGAAGAUGAAAAAUAUCAUGACUUUGAUGGAACACUCAUUGGCUGCGAACCACCUCAGACGCAAUCACAGCAGCAUCAACAAGAGGAAGAAUGGAUGGUGCCUGAUGACGACGAUAUUAUGUCAACCAACACAGCCAUUGUACCCACACAAGCCGAAGAACCCGUUGACCCUGAGAGUAUACCCGAGCCUAUUAUGGACGAAGAACGUGGUCCAUAUACUUUACCCAUUCAAAUAUUUGGUGAAGAAGUUGUUGCUUGUAUUCUGAGCAUAAAAUCAAAAUGUAGAGGAAGGGGACUUGGCCAACUAGAGCAAAGGAUUGACUCAGCAUAUCAGUUGGUCCGAAACAAUCAAUUAAGCGAACUCUACAUCAUGUUUACUCCAGAUUAUGAUUUGACCGAUGAGACUACGAUGGUUGCUGAUUUUGUCAAUGCUUCACUCAUGUUAAUCCAAGAAACUGUCAUGGAUUCAAGAGAGCCUAUUGUAACGCUUGCUAUAUCUAUCUGGCAUCAACUGAACGACUUUUGUCAACAAGCCAUUAUCGAAACAGAAAAAGUGAUUGAAUGGGUCGAGCGUGCCUUUUGCGGACUCUUGAAACGAACAGGUGAUACCCAUCAAAAGACAAGACAAGACGCAACUUCUUUGAUUCUCGUCUUGGUUCAAUCUUAUUCUACUUCUCCUUAUACCCUAUUACCCUUGUAUAUUGGCAAACCAGAAAGACUGAUCCAUAAUCAUAAAGAAGCUAAAGCUCGAAUCGAGCUUGUGGAAACCACUGUGCUUAAGCUGGGCAUUGAUACACCUAACAAGACGACCAGCAACAAAAAGACCACAAAGAAAACACUCGUGCCUCUCCAUGACCUCAUGCAGUUUGUGAUUGCUUAUCUAGGACACUCUCAUGACGAGGUGCGAGAGGCAGCUGUAAAGUUAGUUGUUACUAUUUCCGAUCAAGUUGGCUUCAACUUGGUGAGUUCAUAUAUUGACGAAUCAUUAAAGUUAUCACUAGCAGAUACUGUAAAGAAACUUGUAGAUAAAGAUUCAUUAAACAAUGCCAAGUUUACUAAAAAUGAUACCAAAAAAACAAUAUCCGAGUUGCGUGCAUUAACUGUCACUGAAAGAAGAGCACCUACUCAACGCACUGUUACAUCUGUCAAGAGGUCAGCUGCAAAUGAUACCAAGUCUACGGCUGCCGAUAAGAAGAGGCCUGCUUCUUCUGCAGCCAAAAAAACAACAGCAACAACAACAGCCAAUACCCGUACAACCUCAGUUCGCACCAAGCCUAAAGAGCAAGUAAAGGAACGUACCAAGGAAAAACCUAAAGAACAGCCAGCUCAACAAGAGGUACCUACUCUCAAUGAAAAUAGUGUUUGCAUAUUCUGUGACGAAGUGAACCCAGAAUUCAACGAGGAUACGUUAAUCAAGCACUAUUACAAUUCCUGUCCUGUGUUGACAAACUGCCCAAUGUGUCGUAUGAUUACUGAAAUAUCAACAUUAAAUGAACACAUGUUGGUCGAUUGCGAAAAGAGACAUCUGACCAAAGAAUGUACGCGCUGUCAUCUAGCUAUUCCUGUUGAACAAUGGUUGCAACACACACUGAAGCAAACAUGUCCUAAUGUGAUUGAUCCCAGUACAACAGCAAUAUGUCCUUUGUGUACAGUGGACAUUGAGCCACCAAAUGAAUCAGGAUGGAAGUUACAUUUGAUGACAGGUGAUGGUUGUCCAAAGCUGAAGAAAUCUCGUUCACCAAAGAAACAGCAACCGCAGCCGCAGCCGCAGCAGCAGCAGCAACAACAACAACAACAACAACAACAAACCAGAAGAAAGGUUACAAAAACAGCCAUUAAAAAGUAG